AUGGCCAAGUUCUCCGGCGGGCUGGGCGCCGUUCCGUCCCGCCGGCCUUCCAUCAAGGUGCACUGUGGCCAGGGCUAUGGUGCAAAACUGCCGAAGGUGACAGUGCAACCCAUCAACCUCAUCUUCAGAUACUUGCAAAACAGAUCUCAGAUCCAGGUGUGGCUUUCUGAGCAAGUAAAUAUGUGGGUAGAGGGCUGUAUCAUUGAUUUUAAUGAGUAUAUGAACCUCAUACUAGAUGAUGCAGAAGAGAUUCAUUCAAAAACAAAGUCAAGGAAACAGCUAGGUCAGAUCAUGCUAAAAGGAGAUAUUUCUCUGUUCCAAGGUAUCUCCAACUAG